AUGGCUCAGAAACUCAUCGUUGUGGUUGGAGCAACAGGCGGCCAAGGUGGCUCCGUGGUCUCAUCGUUUCUCAAAGAUGGAAACUGGAGAGUACGUGGACUGACUCGUAACCCUGAUAGUGAGAGAGCAAAGGCUCUCUCGGCGAAGGGCGUUGAGAUGGUCAAGGGUGACCUCGGAGAUCUGGCCAGCCUUGAAAAAGCUUUCUUGGGUGCCAAUGUGAUCUUCGCCAUCACGGAUUACUACGAGAAUUUCUGGACUAAGGGAUGGGAAAAGUCAAUGGACAUCGAGUACACACAAGGCACCAAUAUGGCCAAGGCAGCAUCGAAGGUGCCCACUUUAGAGCACUACCUGUGGAGUACUCUUCCGCACAGCACUCGCGUCAGUGAGGGCAAAGCUAUUGUGCCCCAUUUCGAGGCAAAGGGCCGAGUGGACGAGUUUAUCAAGGAAGACGAGCACCUCUUGUCACUCACGACCUUUUGCUUCUUCACAACAUUCGUGAUUAACCUCACCGACUAUGAGGUGUUUAAGCCCAUUUACCUGCAUGCGGCCAAAAAGUGGGUGCAAAUUUACCCAGCUGAUCCCUCAGCUAUGUACCCGUCUCUAGGCGAUCAUCGUAUCAAUUCGGGAAUAUUCGUUCACGGGCUUGUCCAUAACAAGCCCCCGGGAGGCACUCACGUGAGGUGCAAUGUGGAAGAUCUUACUUUGGAAUCUUACUUAGCCAUGUGGGGUAGGGCGAGUGGCAUUGCGCCAAAUCCAGGCUCCACGCAGAUCAUCCAGGUAUCCCCUGAGACAUACAUCGAGUUAUUUGGGCAUAUGGGAGAGGAACAGGCGCGCCAAUGGGAGUUCACUCGUAUCAUCAAGGAGAGCGGCGCUAUGAAUAAGUACGGGUCACUGGUCAAAGAGGCUCAGGAGUAUAUGACUAAAGAGGCCAUCGCUUCCUUGGUGGGCCCUGAAGAAUCGCUGCAAAAGAUCGACUGGAAGGCUUAUGGUUACGAGUGA